AUGGCCACGACGCAGUCUGGCCCGGAAUAUGGCAAGCGGCUUCUCCCGCAUGUUAUCGACUGCGUCGCCAAGACGAAUCCCAAUCGGGAAUGUUUCUCCACUCCCUUGUCAUCUAACCCGCAGGACGGCUGGAGGGCAGUGACAUAUGGCCAGUAUGCUACAGCCAUAGACCGCCUCGCUCACCACAUUGUCAAAACUUCUGGCACGCCUGAGCCUGGAAGCUUCCCAACUUUAACCUAUAUUGGAAUUAACGAUCCAGUAUAUCUUGUAUUUGUUAUCGCCGCCGUCAAGGCUGGUUACAAGAUUAAGGCACUGUUUUUAUCACCCCGAAACUCGGAAGAGGCUCAACUCAACCUGCUCCAGCUGACCGCGUGCGACAUUGUCUAUCAUGACGCGACGUUUCAAAAACCCGUGGAAGCUUGGAAGAGCAAGCAAACCAGUCUCAAGAACAAUCUUUUAAUGCCGCUCGAUUUCUGGCUAGACGAAAAUGGUGACCAAAGGUCAUUCCCUUACGUCAAGGACGCCAAAAAGGCCGAAUGGGAGCCGUUUGUAGUGUUGCACACAAGUGGCAGCACGGGACUGCCAAAGCCCAUUGUGGUUCCUCACGGCUUCAUCAUGCUCGACGACAAAAAGCAUCUUCUUCCUGAAUGGAAAGGCAGAGAAUCCGUCAUUCGCGGUCUAGCUCGCACCAACAGGAUGUGGACCCCAAUGCCCUUCUCUCACGCGGGCGGCAUUUACACCUUCUUUGGUUAUCAUAUAUACUGGGAAACUCCUGUUACAUUUGCCAUUAUGGACCGGCCACUCACGGCGGAUUUCGUAGUGGAGCAGUUGGCCCACGCGGAGCCUGACAUUCAGUCCAUUGUUCUCAUGCCCUCGAUCUUGGAGGAGUUCAGUCUUACAGAGAAAGGCUGUGAAACACUGAGCAAAUUCAAAUUUGUAGUGUUUGGCGGGGGCAAUCUCAGUGAUGCAACUGGCGCAAAGCUACUCAGUCGAGGCGUGAAACUCCAAAACUCGUUCGGAUCGACAGAGUGCGGCAUGCUACCGUAUUACUGGCAAUCAAAUCCAGAAGCAUGGCAGUGGCUCAUUAUACAUUCGGACGUUCUCGGUGUAGAUUGGCGACCAGUGGCGGGCGAGGACGACAUCUUUGAGAUGGUAAUUGUCCGCAAAGAUGGUCCUUUCAGUCAACAAGGCAUCUUCUGGACGCAUCCUCACCUUGAGGAGUGGAGCUCGAGGGACUUGUUUCAAAGACAUCCCACUUUGGAAGACCAUUGGAGAUACCAUGGACGCUGUGAUGAUCUCAUUGUCUUUUCAAACGGAGAAAAGCUUAACCCAGUCACCGUUGAGAACGCCAUAAACGGACACCCAAAAGUCAAAACUGCGAUUUUGGUGGGCACGAUGCGCUUUCAACCUGCUUUAAUCAUCGACCCCGUCUCGCAUCCGCUUACGAAACAAGAAACGAAAAGUCUUUUCGAUGAGUUUUGGAUUCUCGUGGCCGAAACCAACAGGAGAUUGCCGUCACAUGCCCAAAUAAGCAAACAGCUGAUUUUGCUCACCAGCCCCAACAAGCCAUUUCCCAAAUUAGCAAAGAACACAGUGCAUCGGGCCCCGGCAAUCAAGCUUUAUGAAACAGAGGUGGAUGCUCUUUACCAAAAAGCUGAGGCCGGGUGGGAAGAUGCACGAUGCAAUUUGGACCUAGGGUCGAAAGAGACGUUUCUAGCGUCCAUCUGCCGUCUUUUCCAAACGCUCACUUGUGUUGACACCAUUGAGCCGGACACAAACUUCUUCAAGGCAGGGAUAGACUCCCUCCAGGUCGUCAACGCUUGUCGUCUCCUCCGCGGCGCGCUCCGAAAUAAAAGCGACAAAAUAAAUCCACAGAGGAUUACGCCAAGGAUUAUUUAUAACAAGCCAUCAGCCCGUCAGCUGACGGCCGACCUGUGGGCACAACACAUUGGGUCUCUAGAGGAGGUGGAUCCCGAUAUCGAAGCGGCUAAUACCAUGGCCAGCCUGCUGGCGAAAUACACCAAAGACCUGCCCGAAAGACCAGCCACCGACAAGCCGCCAGCCCGCACUUCUCAGCAAACAGUGAUUCUCACAGGAAGUACCGGCAGACUUGGAUCCUUUUUGCUGGACAGCCUGGUCCAAGACCCUGCGGUCGAAAGGGUGAUUUGCCUGAACCGUGCAGAGGAUGGGCGGACCCGUCAGCUGCGGCUCAAUGCCGCACGCGGGAUGCAAAAUAACCUAGACAAGGUCGAAUUUCUUCAAGCAGACCUUUCCCAGCCCGGUUUGGGUCUUCCCGUUGAGAUGUAUACCCGGCUGCAGACCAGUGCAGACCGCAUCAUCCACGCCCAGUGGGCCGUCAACUUCAACCUUCCCCUCGAUUCGUUCGAGCCACAUAUCCGUGGCACGCGCAACCUGGUAGACUUUUGCGCCCGGACGGCUCGGAGCACGCACCUCGUUACUGUUUCCACGGUCCUGGCCGCCACGUCGUGGAACGGACAUGAUUCGGCGCCAGGCACAGUACCGGACGGCGGUUAUGCGCAAAGCAAGCUGCUGGCAGACUUGAUCGUGCAGCAGGCAGCAGCGCGAGGUGGCGUGUCGGCGGCGGUGGUGCGUGUUGGCCAGGUUGCAGGCCCUGAGGGCGACGGGCUGUGGAGCGUUGACGAGUGGCUGCCACGGCUGGUGUGCUCAUCCGUGCGCGCCUUGGGUCUGCUGCCUCGCAGCCUUGGGGUGAUGAGCAUGGUGAAUUGGAUCACGUCCGAGGCCGCGGCGCGGUUGGUCCUGGAGGUCGCCGGGCUGGGCCCCGACGGAAUCAACCGGGCCAGAGGGGUCUACUAUGGCGUCAACCCCCAUCCGGUGCACUUUUCCACACUAGUGGAACCGAUUGUCGGAUUUUAUGCCGGUCGGGUCCGGUCGGUGGUUGACUGGCGGGACUGGGUAGCGGCCUUGGAGCGCAGCAACGGGGAAGCUGCAGAUGUGACGCAGAACCCGGCGUUGCAGCUGUUGGACUUUAACAGAGACACGCCUGCCGAGGGCUCGGGUGUGCGGUUUCAUUUUUCUUUGGAAAGUACAUUAGAAGCCAGUCGAUGUGUGAGGGAUAUGCUGCCCAUUACGCCUGAGAUGUUUGUUCAAUGGUGUCGAAAAUGGGAUUUUUAA